UGACCAUCUCCUUUUCUGCCCUUCACCUUUCUCUGACCCAGCGCUUUAACUAUACUGAUUAUUUAAUUCUUUUUGACGACCUGAUACCCGAUCUACGAUCCUGGAGAACACAGCAAUUUCUUUUAAUUAGCGAAAUCACGCCAUUCCGGGUACUGAAGAAUUCGAGCGCCCGUCCAACUCCUGGUUUUCAACGAUCUCGCGACUGCCACGACGCUUGCAAAUAGAUACAUUCCACAAUGGGAGGCUCAUUUUCACGGCUGUGGUCCUUGUUAUGGUCCAAAAAAGAAAUUCGGAUCUUGAUCCUGGGUCUUGAUAAUGCCGGCAAGACAACACUUUUAUAUAGAUUAAAAAUUGGAGAGGUGGUCACAACAAUCCCCACGAUCGGGUUUAAUGUCGAGUCCGUGACCUACAAGAACCUCAACCUGAAUGUUUGGGAUCUAGGCGGCCAAACCUCGAUUCGGCCAUACUGGCGAUGCUACUACGCCAACACAGCAGCGGUUGUGUUCGUCAUAGACUCCACGGAUAUCGAGCGAUUAGGCAUUGCCGCGGACGAACUGGCGGCGAUGCUCAACGAGGAAGAGCUGCGUGACGCGGCGCUGCUGGUGUUUGCCAACAAACAGGAUCAACCGGGAGCCAAAGGCGCAGGGGAGAUCUCCGAAGCGUUGAAAUUGGGUGAGCUGCGGGACCGGAACUGGAGCAUUGUUGCGUGCUCGGCCAUUGAUGGGAAGGGGAUCAACGAAGGCAUGGAUUGGUUGGUGCAAACGAUUCAAUCGGAAAAUGCAUGAGCGGGUAAGGUAACGGCACACACAUAUCAUGACUUUGUAACACCAUUAUAAACUUUCUUCAGGCGUCUGUCUUGUUUGUUGUUGGUCUGGAUUGCUGCGGCUUUCUCUGUUGUUCUCGGGGAGUCAGGGGGUACACAUUGUAGAUGUGGUAGUUGUCAAGAGCAAUACCGGGUUGGGAUGGAAAAGCGGGCGGUACAACUCAUCAAUCGAAUAGUCAGAAUUUAAUAUAGUAUAUACAUCACUUCAACUGGUUGGGAGACGAGUUUGUUGUACACCGAAUCGUUUCAGAUUCAACAUGAAUUAAUUGAAUGUGGUCGACCUUCACGUGACGUGAGCAUGUCUUACAAGUACCUGUACACGUAUACCGAGCCAAUAGCAGACUAUUCAUUACUCUUGUCGAACUUUAUGCACCUGCCCGAUAUAUGUUCUUGCAUAUAUCAAGGCGAUAUCGGCCCCAGCUAGUCAGGGACGGCAUUGACAC